UCUCUCCCUUUCUCUCUCCACUCAUUGAUUUGUAGCUAUUGAAACACCGGAAGAGCCCAAAAUUCAACAAACACUUGUUACUGUUUUAUCUUUUUCUUGCUUUUUUGGUUUGCUGAAUUCUCUGACUUUGCACCCUCAUACCCAUCUCUCAAAACCUCUGCUUUCCCAUAAUUGUACACCUCCACUUCCAUCUUAUCUCCUCCUUUUUCAUCUUUAACACUCGCUGUACUAUUUGUGGUAGAAAAAUAGCAGAAAAACACAAAAACACCCACAGGUUUAUAUACUUCUUUGUCUCUUCAUACUUCAUCUCAUAGCUUACAGAAGUAUUAAACCACUCAAAACUUUUGUUUGUUGCUUCGAAAGAUAUUCCAAGUGUUGAAGAGCUAUAUAAUUAGUACUGCAGCAAUCCGUACCGGGUAUCAAAAGGAACAAGCACAAAACUUACUGCUUUACCGAGAAUGACACUGCCGAAUCUUGGGUUAGAAUCUGAAAACGAUUCUGAAGCAAGUAGCCAAGUGGCUUCCAACAUAUCUGCACACGAGGCAUCCCCUGAUCCCUCGAAGGAUACCACAACCACUACUUCAUGCCUCUCGAAUCCUGGAAUGGUUCAACCAGAUUCAGUGUCUGUUUCCCUUGACCUGACUCUGCACUUCAGUGCCAAUGAUGCUGAGAUGAAGGGUGCCACUGGUGAGACUAUGGGGACCAACACUUUGUCAACACCGAGGGUUUUCUCUUGUAAUUACUGCAGGCGCAAGUUCUAUAGUUCACAAGCACUGGGUGGACACCAGAAUGCUCACAAGAGGGAGAGAACAAUGGCAAAGCGUGCAAUGCGGAUGGGGUUAUUAUCCGAUAGGUAUACAAGCUUAGCAUCUCUGCCUCUCCAUGGUUCAGCAUUUCGGUCCCUUGGGAUCAAAGCUCAUUCCGCAAUGCACCAAGGAAUGUUGCCAUCAUCCCAAAGACCGGGAGAUACAAGAAGUGGGGCACGGUUCGAUCAAGGGUGUUUCGGGAUGCCGAUAUUCAUGGAAGAUGAGGAGGUAGACUUGUAUUGGCCAGGGAGUUUCAGGCAGGUGAAUGAAGAAAGAGUUGGGAGUAACCAAGCUAUGGAUUUGGGUCAAAAUCCAACUCAAAAUUCAAAUAUAGGUUUUAUAGCAAUGGCAACACCACCAAGAACAGAUGCAUCAUCUCCACUGGAUCUCACUUUGAAGCUCUAAUAAUUUUUGAAGUUUACUUGUCAAUUUCAUCCGAACCUGAUACUGAUUAUGUUAGCUCACUCUUGUACAGUGAGGUGCAUUAGCAAUAGCUGCUACCUCCUAUCAUUAUUUUUGCUAGAUUCCUUUAAUUUAAUAACUUUUUUCUUUUUUAAACCUUUAUCUGUGCCCAUGUUCGCUGCCGAUCAGCUAAGUUUGGUUAUGAAAUGAAAGCUAUAGCCUUUCCCUGUAGCAUCAUUUUACUA